AGAGAUCAGUUAAAGCCUUGGCCCCGCCCCUCUCUCUCGCACCGCCGCCGCUUGUUCCUCGAGGUGUGACGUCACGUGAACUACCCGUGUCCAUUCCAGCUGAGAGAAAGAGAGAGAGAGGGAGGAGGAGGAGGAGGACGUCGCGCGGCCCAAACACAGACCCGAGCCCGUGCGCCCGUGACUGGAUCCACCGGAUGCAGAAAAAAAAGUAAAGACAGAAAGAGGAAACGACCCCCUCCACCACCUUCCACCACCCACCUCCACCCCCCCACGAAGGACAGCAGAGCGCGACAGCAGAGGAGAGAAGCAGCAAUACAACUUGUCAUCUGACCACGUACAGCUCGCGUCGCUGGCUGUUGUUUUUUGCCUCUUUUUUUCCACGACUGCUUUGUUUUAGCGGAAGAAGUCUCAUCUUGUUUUAUUUUGUUGUAUUUUUUUUUUUAUAUAACCGUACCACUAACUGGGGAUAUCGCUCUUCAACUUUUGAGUAAUAUUUUCCUGCGCGUGCAAAGUGUGUGUGCGGCAUUUUCACGCCUUUGCAGUUUUAUUAUGGACAGUAUUCCUAAUCAGAUGGUCUGACUGUCCCUCCCACACUGCUUAUCUGAGAAUAACAGCUUCAUCUACAUCAUCCAAAGGCAAUGGAAUACUUGGAUAAAAAUAUUCCUGCAGGGAAAUAAGGAACUCUUUAUAAACUACAAGUGGAAGUCCUCGAGCCUGAUUGUCCCAUUGGUAGGUACUCCUGUCAGCUCGUCUCGCCCCUUCAAGUGCCCCAGGUGUCUUUCUGCGACCCGUCUGGUCCAGGAUGUCCAGGCAGCUCUCCCAGCUUCCGACCCCAGACCUCCCAGCUGGGGCAAGUCCACAGUUUGGAAGCUGUACUCAGCCUGGAGGCUCCCUUACAGGGGGGCACCUCAACUCAAUGGCAGGUCUGAAAUCCCUCCUGCAGCACCCCAUGAAAGGAGACCAGCGUUUAAAAAACCCAUGCGAUUCAAAAGACAAAGACAGACUGGACCUUGAUGAGGACUCCUUGGGAGUGUGCCCCAUGAGAAAUGGAAAUGGAAUAGUCAGCAGUAAUAGCAGUAAUGGCUGUGGAGGAGGUGGAAAUGGAGGAGGAAGCUUCAACCAGUUCUUGGGGCCUCUCUUGUGGGAUCGCACCCUGCCUGCAGAUGGGAGCCUCUUUCAGCUUCAGUACAUGGACUUGGAGGAGUUUCUGACCGAAAAUGGAAUGGGCAGCACACAUAACAACAACAGCUCGUGUUCAGCCCAGAUCCCCUCACAGAGCCCCCAGUCAGCUGUGCCCAACCAGAGCUCCCAGUGCCUACCACCCUCAUCCCCACCUGGAUCUUCAUCCUCCCCACCUUCUUCCUCUUCUUCUCCAUCUCUUAUUGGUCUGGAGGUGGCUCAGCCACAAAGUCUUGCAGGAGGAACUGACUGCCUGCAUGGGAGUCAGGGGAGUAUGAAUGACUCCUGUGAGUCGCCUUCUUCUUCCUCAUCAUCCUCUUGUCCACCUCUGCUCACACCCACCGGCAAUGGGCCAGAUGGGAUUGGAAUAUUUGACAUGGAUUCUUCAGACAUGGCUAUGUCCAACAGCUCAGCAGAGCAGCAGAACUUUGAUCCCAGGAGGCACUCCUUCAGCGAGGAGGAGCUCAAGCCGCAGCCCAUGAUCAAGAAGGCCCGCAAGAUCCUGGUACCCGAUAACAUGAAGGAUGAGAAGUACUGGAGCAGGAGGCACAAAAACAAUGAAGCGGCAAAGCGCUCUCGAGAUGCCCGCCGUCUCAAGGAGAACCAGAUAUCGGUGCGCGCCGCCUACCUGGAGAGAGAAAACGCCGCCCUGCGACAGGAAGUGGCCGAGAUGCGGAAGGAACUGGGCCGGUGUCGCAACAUACUUAGUAAAUACGAGAACCGUCUCGCUGACCAGUGAUGGCAGCGCGGAGAAGAAUCAGGAAGAGGAGGAAUAUAAGCUGGAUUCAAUCUGAGACUCUGAAUUUCUGGGAUGACGUGAUGGACAGAAAGGGGUCGAUGAUGAUGAUGAUAAUGAUGAUGAUGAUGAAUGUAUAAGACGAGGAGGUUUGUGCAUUGAAGCUCAGGUGUCUUGUUUCGUUGAGGUGUCGUCUCUUAAAAGCGGCGGACAGAGAGAAUAAUUUAACAGAUGAAAGAUGUGACUUUUAAGAGUUUUGUUAUUGGAGAAUUGUAUAUUUUUAUAAUACUUCAGAAAAAUUAGAGGGAGAGCAAAUUUGAAGAAUAAUUUUGUAUAUUUUCUACAUGACGGGGACAUAGAGAUGGGGGAAAGCUGCGAUAAAUAUCUUUUUAUUAUAGAUGAGGCAGGAGAUGCUUAAUAGGUUGUCAGCCAUCAAUUUUAAAAUUUUUUUUUUUGUUUCUUUUAGAUGAUUAAUAUAGUCAGGAUGCAGCAGCUGGGUUGAGAACGCAUGUAACCAAUGUAAUAUAGAGAGCAAAAUUAUCUUAAAGUCGUAUAGUUCAACAUUUUGUGGAUUUUACUCGAGCACUUAAGUUUUCCUCUUAUGUUUCUGUCACUGGGGAUGCUUGAGAGAGACAGAAUGAGAGACACCAUGUAUACAGUCCAGCUUUAUCCUCUUGACCAGUCUUGUAUAUUCUUUUCUAUUAGAAUAACUUCAUCCUCCCCCACCAACAAUAUCAGCUCUUUUUACCUUGGUUUUAACUUUAUAAGACUGGUAAAUCUUUCUCUAACCCAUACUUGUAUGUAUGGCUCUUUCUCCUUUUCACUAUCCCAGUGGAAGUGCUUUCAAUCUACUCUGGUGUUUUGUAUUUUUCCCAAGCCGGUGAAAGCCUGUUGUGAUGCCCUGGGUAACUCUGCUCCUCUUCAUCCUCUCUUUGAAUUGCUCCCGUGUUUCUAUAUCUGACGUCUCUAUUUCUGUCUUCUCCCACUUGCAGCCAGUCCCUUCACGGUUAUGUGCAAACUCUUUCCAUUGCAUUUUUGUCUUUGUGACUCUCUUGCACCUGGAAGGUACACAGAGUAGUUAAAUCUCAGUGUUGUAACAUAUUCUGAAGUAGUAAUCAAUCGUCCCAGUAAAACACACAUUGUUACUUUAUUGAACACACUUUAAUUAGCAUUAUUGCGGGGGACAUGGUGGGUGGGUGGGAAUUGUUGUGUAUAUUGGAUAGGCCUCUACUAUUUUGUGUAUUUGAUGUAUUCCAGGAGAUGGGUUGAGGACCCCCAUUGAGUGGAAUGUGUUAAUUUCUCAGAUUUCUGGGAGAAAUAAAAGCCAAAAUGUUGAUCCUAUGUCGAUCCACGAAAACUUGUUGCUAUUUAGUGCUCUUUCAAUCCUUCCUUUUUACUGUAUCUAUAAACUUCUCUGUGUACCCACAACACCUACACAGGGGCAUGGUACACUAUGUUAUGUUCCUGGGGGAGGGACGACUAGUAAUAGAGUGUGAUUUUAAUCCCCUCAAUGACCAUGAUGAGUAGUUACUAUUACAGCUAUUAUUAUUGUUAUGAUUAUUAUGAUUAUCCCUCUUAUUGUUGUUGUUCUGUAUUACUGAGUGUUUUUUUUCUUUCUUUGGAUGAUCUGUUGCACCUUGAAACAUCUUUGAUCUUCAGUGUUCCCCAGAAAGACUAUUCAGAUGGAAAAAAAAUACAACCCCACUCUCAGCUAUUUGCACCCUGUUUCGGACCUCCAGACAUUCAACAUUUACCCACUUCUACAGAGACUUCUCUUUUCUUUGACCAUGGAUUUCACAAAUGUGGCUCAGUAACUUGAACAUGAUGUUCGCUCAGACCUACUUGACCUUUCAUCAUGACCUUUUUCCCCACCUGUGCAUGGACUAUGCGCACUACUGAUACGCUCCUUGUUGGUUUAUCUGCCUUUAUCACCUCAUUCAGUGAUUGUUUGCUCUCCUAACAAGAUUUAGUAUCUUAUCUCUUCACAGAUGUGGUUGAUAAAUCUUAUAGUGACUCUAACUGAUCAACUGCCCUGCUGCAUCAGUAGUGUCCAUGAUGUCCAGCCCACCAGUCAGUGCUGGUUGUUUGGAUGUAGUAUGAAAUUCCACCUUCCCCCCCUCCAAAAAAAAAAAAAACACCAAUAAAAGAUUGUUCUCAUUCAUCA